GUUCCCCAGUACUUUAAUUUUGCAAAGGACGUGCUGGACCAAUGGUCUCAACUGGAAAAGGAUGGACUUGGGGGACCUUAUCCAGCCCUCUGGGAAAUCAAUGCCAAAGGAGUGGAGGAAAAAUGGAGUUUUGAAAGGAUGGCUCAUUUCUCCCAGAAGGCAGCCAGCAUUCUUUCGGAUAUCUGCGCCCUUAACCAUGGAGAUCGAUUGAUGAUAUUCCUGCCCCCAGCACCUGAAACCUAUUGGAUCUACCUGGCCUGUAUGCGAUUGGGAAUCAGCUUUGUGCCUGCCCUUCCCCAGCUGAACGUCCAGGAAAUUCUCUGUCGCCUGAACGCAUGCAGCCCUCAAGGCAUUGUGGUCAGUGAGGCUAUGGUCCCAGUUGUGGACACUAUCGUGUCUAACUGUUCCACCUUGAAGACCAAGCUUUUGGUGUCUGAUAAAAGCCAUGAUGGGUGGUUGGAUUUCAAGAAGUUGAUUCGGGUUGUCCUUCCAAAGCAAAGCUUUGUGGAUACCAGGAGCCAAGAUCCAGUGGUUCUCUUCUUCACCAAUAAAACAGCUGGAGCUCUUCAACCAGUCAGCUACUCUCAAUACGGCUUAGGAGUGGCUUCCAGCCAGACUGCAAGACAGUGGAUGAAUCUCCAGUCAACAGAUGUCAUGUGGAGUUUGGGUGAUCCCUUUGGUGGAACCUUAUCACUGAGCAAUGUCUUGGGAGCUUGGCUUCAAGGAGCCUGUGUGUUUCUGCAUCACAUGCCAAUCUUCUGCCCUGAGACUGUUCUGAAUGCUUUGUCCAGAUUUCCCAUCACCACUCUCUCUGGAAAUUCAAGAAUGUAUCAAGAACUCCUUCAGCAUCAGCAUUUCACUAGUUACAGAUUCAAGAAUCUGAAGCAUUGUGUGGCUGCAGGAGGAUCCAUCAGCCCUGAGACGAUCAAAGACUGGAAAGACAUGACUAAGUUGGACAUCUUUGAAGGCUAUGGGAAGACUGAAACUGGGCUGCUCUGUGCUACUUCCAAAAGAAUAAAAUUGAAACCAGGUUCUCUCGGGAAACCGUUGCCGCCAUAUAUCAUUCAGAUUGUAGAUGAAAAGUCAAAUGUCCUGUCUCCAGGAGAAGAAGGAAAUAUUGCCAUCCAUAUAAAACUAAACCAACCUGCCCACCUCUACUGUCCACACAUGAUGAGUUGGGAAGAACAUGCUUCUGCAAGAGGCCACAUGUUUUACCUCACAGGCGACAGAGGGAUAAUGGAUGAAGAUGGCUACUUCUGGUUGACUGGUAGAACUGGAGAGAUCAUUGAUCCAUGA